AUGAAGAGAAAAGCCCCGCCCCUCGACCGGCCGCAGCGGGUAAGGCGGUCGCAGCGCAGCGCGGCGGCGGAUUGGACGACUGGGUAGGGUUCCUGGAGUCGCGUUUGACUCUUCGGUUCCGCGGCGUCGGCGCUUGUUGUGUGCGUCACUUCCGGGUGGCGCGGGACGGAGUGGCCAACGGUCUGCAAAGCAACAUGCCUAAGUUUUAUUGUGACUACUGCGACACAUACCUCACCCAUGACUCUCCAUCUGUGAGAAAGACACACUGCAGUGGUAGGAAACACAAAGAGAAUGUGAAAGACUACUAUCAGAAAUGGAUGGAAGAGCAAGCCCAGAGCCUGAUCGACAAAACAACUGCUGCAUUUCAGCAAGGAAAGAUUCCUCCUACUCCAUUCUCUGCUCCUCCUCCUGCAGGGGCGAUGAUUCCACCUCCCCCUAGUCUCCCGGGUCCUCCUCGCCCUGGUAUGAUGCCAGCACCCCAUAUGGGGGGCCCUCCCAUGAUGCCAAUGAUGGGCCCUCCUCCUCCUGGGAUGAUGCCAGUGGGACCUGCUCCUGGAAUGAGGCCGCCUAUGGGAGGCCACAUGCCAAUGAUGCCUGGGCCCCCAAUGAUGAGACCUCCCGCCCGUCCCAUGAUGGUACCCACUCGGCCAGGAAUGACUCGACCAGACAGAUAAGGAGAGACAGGAACCUCUUUAUAUCCAUUUUAUAUUACUUGUUCUUCACCAGGAGAUCAUGGUGCUGUGACUCUGGGUGUUUUCUAACAGCAUGACAAGGAAGACUUGCUCCCCCUUCCUAUCAAACAGAGAAUAGUUUUUGCAAGGGAGUAGUGGGACAAAAAAAAAAAAAAGCAAUUUCCAUUUGUAUCGUGAAAUGUGAAAAUAAAAUUGUCAACUGUUUUAGUUAAAAAUGUGUUCCCUUUUUUCUCCCCUCUGUAUUCCUUGUGCAUCAUAAAAGAGAUGAGUAUUCCAGUUGUAUUUCUCUAACUCACUCUCUCUUUAGCAUGCCCUCUUCUGCAUGGCAUUUUUCCCCCUUAGCUAUGGAGUGAGUCCCUUUGGACACCCUGCCUUUAUUUAGUAAAGUUUUCAUGUGCAAGAUUUGGUAAAUCUAACACUUGUAGAGCUUUUUGUUGAUUAAAAUAAUAAAUAGCACAAUUGUUUACUUUUUCACAUGAA